ACAGAAAGUUAGCACCGACUUACUAUUGUAGUACUAAAAAAUGAGACGAGGAAAUACGGGGGACCAAUAUACUCGUACGUUGUAAAAAGGGGGGAAGUGCGGAUUCUGGUAUUGUGUCCGAAGAGCCUGUGGUUUUAUAUAACCCGUGAUUCUUAGUCAAAACCUGUUAGUACUUCCCAGCUAGUAUAUAUACAUCAUCAAGCCACCUGUGUUUUUCAUCUCACAGUUUCUCAAGAAUUUUAUAUACAACACAAACAUACUAGAGUUCAAUCAUCUGUUUCACUUUACAACUUGUGAAUCAAUAGCAAGAAAGAUGGCAAGCACUGCUGGUCAAGUCAUUCGCUGCAAAGCUGCUGUAGCAUGGGAAGCAGGGAAACCACUUGUGAUCGAGGAGGUUGAGGUUGCCCCUCCUCAGAAACUCGAGGUUCGGAUCAAGAUCCUCUUCACUUCCCUCUGCCACACUGAUAUUUACUUCUGGGAAGCCAAGGGACAGAACCCUGUUUUCCCUCGAAUUUUUGGACAUGAAGCAGGGGGUAUUGUGGAGAGUGUCGGAGAGGGAGUAACGGAUUUGGCACCAGGUGAUCAUGUUCUCCCCGUCUUCACCGGAGAAUGCAAGGAAUGUGCACAUUGCAAAUCAGAAGAAAGCAAUAUGUGUGAUCUCCUUAGGAUCAACACCGACAGAGGUGUUAUGCUUAAUGAUGGAAAGUCGCGCUUUUCAAUCAAUGGCAAGCCCAUCCUACAUUUUGUAGGAACAUCCACCUUUAGCGAAUACACUGUCAUACAUGUUGGUUGUGUUGCAAAGAUAAACCCUCUUGCUCCUUUGGACAAAGUUUGUGUCCUUAGCUGUGGAAUUUCAACUGGAUUGGGUUCGACUCUAAAUGUUGCGAAACCUAAGAAGGGCUCAACAGUGGCUGUCUUUGGAUUGGGAGCUGUUGGCCUUGCUGCGGCGGAAGGAGCUAGAAUUGCUGGGGCUUCUAGAAUUAUUGGUAUUGAUCUGAAUCCAAACAGAUUUGAAUCUGCAAAGAAGUUUGGUGUGACAGAGUUUGUGAAUCCAAAAGACCACCAAAAACCAGUUCAAGAGGUGAUUGCUGAAAUGACUAAUGGAGGAGUGGACAGAAGUAUCGAGUGUACCGGACAUGUUGAUGCCAUGAUUUCAGCCUUUGAAUGUGUACAUGAUGGUUGGGGUGUCGCUGUGCUUGUUGGAGUUCCACAUAAAGAUGCUGUCUUUAAGACUCACCCCAUGAAUUUGUUGAAUGAAAGGACCCUCAAGGGUAGUUUCUUUGGAAACUACAAACCUCGUACUGACCUUCCAUCCGUGGUCGAAAAAUACAUGAACAAGGAACUCGAACUGGAGAAGUUUAUUACUCAUGAAGUCCCAUUUGCUGAAAUCAACAAGGCCUUUGAUCUGAUGCUGAAAGGGGAAGGCCUCCGCUGCAUUAUCCGAAUGUAAACAAAUAAUGGCCUGGGAUUCAGAAAUGACGCCACAUUAAGAAGCAUCUGAGUACUUAUGUCCUUUAGAACAUAAAUAAAACGCUGGAAUGCUGUUUAGUACAAGCUUUGUGGAUCAUCAAAUUUUCUCUAGCUUGUGUACCGCUGAGUCUAUGUACUGUGAAGACAAUUCUCCCUUUGUGUUAUAAGAGUUUUUCUUGGUAAAAAUUAAAAUUUCAUUGCAUUGUA